AUGGCUAUCAAAACCAAACACAUCCCCGUCCUCCCACGUCCAAAGUGGCUCGAUGCCGCAGGGCUGGGCAAAGGUAUUGACCAUGAUCGCCAGCAUCUCAGCAUCGUCCUUGGCGCUGGCCAAACUAUCAAGGCUCGUCAAACAAAUGCCACGUUCACUGGCGAGCUCACUCUGCGCUUGUUAAAUGAUGAUCAGAAUACGGAGGCUUCCAAGAAAGUGGGCAACGACUGGGCCGAGCUCAGUGUGAGCGUUGUCUCUGUACCAUUCAUCGACACGGUGUACGCCGAUACCUCAGAGGCCGCUGUGACGCCGGUGGUUGAAUAUGAAUAUCCUGACGGUUCAAAGCAACUACCCGUUUAUCGCAAGGGACAAAGUCAGACCGACUUCUUCAAUCACUGGGAUAAUCAGGGGUCGGAGUUCGCACUUCUUGACUCCAGCUACACCCAAGUCCUCGUUCCCGUGGUUGAUAAAGAGGCACUGAGGCAUCCGCAAGAGGUGGACAAUAUUGAUGGGCUGAUAGGAUACUACGAAUCAGUUUUUUCGUUUUACAAUGCAUUGGCUGGGCUGUCGUUCGAGCCAGAGCGUCCAUCAGACCUGAACAUUACCAAUCGUUAUUUCAUGAAGGCUGAUAAACACGGCGCUGGUGGCGCAUAUUACGGCCAGAGCUGGACCGCAGCGUCCACGAAUGCGAUCAAAGAGUGGUGGCUGCUGCCGUCUCCGAGCAACUGGGGCAAUCUGCACGAGAUCGGACACGGGUAUCAGAUGUCGUUCCGCGAUGACCGAUACUUCUGGAACGGGGAAGUAUCCAACAAUGUUUAUGCCGCUCUAUACCAGAGCGCCUAUCUAGGUGACCGCAAGUAUGAGGAAGGUUGGCUGUACAACUAUGGCAAGCAAGCCCAGGUUGAGCAAGGUAUCACGGAUUAUAUCACGUCGCACAAGUCGCUCAAUGACUGGGACCUUCGGGCAAAGCUGUACUUCUUAAUGUUGAUGGUGGAAAAGGCGGGUGUCGACUCGUUUGCCGAUUUCAACCAACAAUAUCGCCUGGUUAGCAACCAGCCAAAUUUCGAUUCCACUGACCAUUUGCUUCUUGAUAUGCUCUCUGACAGCUUCCGUCGCAUUGGACACAUCGAUGUGACACCAAUCGUGGAGCUAUGCAGCGGGUAUAUCUCGCCAGGGCAGUGUGAGCUCAACCAGUUCGGUCAGGGCAGAGCCGUUUAUCCUCUUAACCAUCUUGUGGAUGGAGAUACAUUGACAAAGCUACAAGGGCAGCUGAAGCUGCAAAGCCCUCUGACACUAGUCCACGUGUCACAAAUGCUCGCUAGUGGGAUCAAAGGCGAUGUCACCCUUGAGCUCAAGAUCGAUGACUUGAGCCAGAUAUACGGGAAGACCGUUACAGUGUUAGACGGCUCCCGCUAUGUCCGCCAGCUUACUAUUGAGACCGCGAAUGUAGCCCUUGGAGCUCUGCCUAUCGGGGUGUAUACUUUGCGUCUCCCGCUGGGGCGAAACAGUAAAUAUCAGGUGGAUCAACACUAUCUUGUUGUCAAACCUGGAUCAGCUCAAGUGCAAGUGAACUUUGUCCCUCAAACUGGCUCUCAGGUAGCCAACCAAGAGAUCAGGCUGCUAGGCCUAGGGGACAGUUUGUUCAGCACCAUACUAGUCGACCAAGCAAAUCAUGUCGUGCAAGUAGCUGUGACUAACAAAGACCCCCAUUCCUACUUUGGUAAUGAAACAUACGCAGAAGUGGUUAUCAAAGAUAACAGUGGGCAAGAGCAGUUUCGCGCCACAAUGCCAGGUGUCGGGGCAACACUACGCAAUGACAAGCUACCCUUCAAGUCGGGCUAUACACUCGAGGUUUAUCAUGCGGAACCCAGCCACCGUAUUCAGCUGAGACCAAACUUUGACGGAGUGAUCGACCACACCCAAAAAACGAAUACCUUCGAGAUAACCGCCAGUGGUCUCAAGAACCAGUCACUCAACAACGACCCGCUGGCUGCCUUGUCAGCGCGGAUAGAAGCAGCGGCAACUGCACUUCGGGGUCACCCUACUCUGUUAAACGCCGAUUGUCCUAGCAAGGUAGAUAUUUGGCUGGCCAUCGGCCAGUUUACCGGCUCUCAACGCGACGAUCUGCUGAAAAGAUAUUCCGACUGCAUACCAUCUGACAAUAACGCACCCAACGAAGGUCUCGGCAAUUCCUUCACGGCUGCAUUCAAAGGCAUCGGGGAUUGGCAGUUCCUGACGGCAGAGUUAGAUCUAGUUGGCAGGAAACUGACUGUAGCUUUGAAGGACGGUGUAGCUCAUCACUAUUUCAAUGACACGUACGCCGCCUUGCAGGUUCUAGAUGCCGAUGGAAACGAGCUACUUAAUCUGGAUGUCAAGGGCAGCACAUCUCACACAGCAAGAAACUGGACAUUUCCUAUUUCUGGCUACGGAGGAGAGGUGCUCAAUAUCCGUCAUGAGGAAGCGCCCACUCGCCUGUUCGUUAACAACAACAUGCGGGAGCUUCGCUUGUCUAAUCGUGAAACAAGACAGAGUUACCGUGUUACGUCCACGGGGCUCGAGCUUAUUACCAAAACUUGA